CAGAUUGUUUACAUUUUUAGUCCUGCUCAGGUUUUGUUUAAAAUGCAUACAAAAAUACAUUAAAUUAGAGACAGAAUGGAGUUGCACGUUUACGAAGACUGCUGGCAAUUGGUACAACGAUUCCAGAGAUUGGUCAACGAUGGCGAAGCAUGCGAGUUCGAGGUAUUUUGCCGGUGCUGGCGAGAAAUGCAGCUACAGCACCUCUUCACGGCCCAGUCGAACUACGCCGAGGUAAUAGCCACCACAUUUGCGGCACUGCACGUGGCCAAAAGGCUGUCUUGUUCACGACGCACCACUGGAGACAUCUUUGCGGCAUCUCGUGCACAAAGAAUCGCCGGAUUCUAUCUGCUCUACGUGAUCUACAAUAAGCAACCCACUCACAACUUUGUGAAGAUCGAGGUCUCACCUCGUACUUGGCAGGAACUAACGGACUACGCCCUGGAACUGCGCAAGGACGGUCCCGAGAAAAAGGAUUCGCACCAGGUGGCGUACAUGUUUUGGCAACUCGUUCAAACGCAGGCCUUUCGCUUUACAGCGCUAGAUUACUGCCAGGGAUUGGACAAUCUGGUGGAUUAUGAUCGAUUGGAGAUCGUUGCGGGUGCCAAAAUUCAAAGGAACAGUGCCCAGUUGCAGAAGCAAUUACGUUCCAAUACAGUCAGUCUCACCUACGAACUGGAGGGCCUGCGUACCCUGGACCUGGCCAGUCAGCCAUUAUGUGAUUUGGAGUCAGCCUACAAUGCUCAAAAGGACAAACUGACUGGGCAGGAACUGGCCCUUCCGCGAACCCAAAUCUUUGGCCAACUGCGCGAGGUCUUCGCCGAUAUCCAAACAAUACUAGGGGCUAAAAAGACUCCCGGAGAUGGAGACCAGCCCACAACUUCGAGAAGCAAUCAGUUAGAAGUGCGCCAAAGGGUGCGAAACAAGGCCAUGUACGGCGACGAAAAAAUCGAGCCGCAGCAACCAGCGGAGGAGCUCGAAGUGGAACUUGAAGUCAUUGAAGCCUAUCAACGCAGGAUGUCAUCGGCCACCGUUUUCCAACGGCAACUGCCCGGUGAUGUACAGAGAGAAUACGAGCUCGAUGAAUACAGCAACGAGGAAGAUGAUGAAGAGCGGGAAGAAGACGUUACCGAAGAAGAGGUUCAAGAACUACUGGGAUCCUAAAUUAAAGUAGCGAAGUCAACGUUAUUAUAGUUUAAAUAAUUUUAAUAAAUAUUUAUUUACAGUUUAAA